AUGCCUGUCCCCAGCCUCGCGGGGCUUUGUCGCAAGACAAUUUGGGCUAACAUCGAUGAGCUCUCAUACGUCUCAAACCUGCCGUACUGGAAGGUCCGCGACAUUCUCAAGCAUGUGAAAACCGCCUCGCAGCUUGCCGUCAUUGAGGACUACUCCCCACAGAUUGUUGGCGAGGAUGCAGAGCUCUGGGAGGCUUUCUGCAGGAGGGACUUCCCCGUGCCCGUGAAGCGCAAGGACUAUCAGCCGGAGAAUCCGCGAUCAUGGCGGCAGGUGUACGAGCGCUAUGCCGAGGAGGAACGUGAGGCGGAGGCCCUCGCACUGGCACAGCUGGGCGCUACUUACGCCGGCAUUAACAAGGCGAAGAUGGCGAACAAGACCUCUAUUGGCGACCCGAGACACCUCCCGAAGGCUCCAAUCAGCGGCGGUUUUGCGAGAAGUCGUGGAAAAGGCCCCGGUCCUGGUUCCGCGACUUUGAGCUUCGGGGGCGGCGCAAGGACGACGAAUGCGGUGAAGAAAGCAAAGAAGGAGGCUUUGGAGGUAGCAGCAAGGAAGAGACUCUCAGUACCGAAAGGGGUGAGGUCAACUGCGAAUCUUGCAAAGGUCACGAGGGCUCCAGAGUCAAUGAAGACCGAAUUCCGCAUCAAAGCGCAGCCCAAGUUCAUCCCUCCCGGUGCACCGGCUGUGGCCAAGCGACCGCGCGAGACGGGAGACGAACGUGAGCAAAUGGAAGCCAGGCUUCUUGCAGCCAAGAGGUCAAAGGUUCAGCCAAAGGUGAUGAGCGACGAGGAGCUCAGGUCAGGCUCGUCCAAGUCGAUGGAGGAAAAUCAGCUGGCUGCCGCGGCCCAGUCGGAGUCAAGACCAUCCACUACUCCCAAGAAGCCCAGAAGCCUCUUCUCGCGUGCUCACAACACCUCGUACCCACAAAGCAAAGUCACAGUCAAGACUGUCGGCCGGCCUACCUCGAAUGCUGCACCUGAGAAGCCUGCAGGUGUCCCGAAGACGAAGGCCGGCCUGCCGGGAUCGAUAGCGAACAACUCGUCCUCGUCAACUGCGAGAACUGGACCACCAUCCACGCAGCGACCCUCUCGUCCAGAAACAUCGCGGAUCAACAAUUUAGCUCGUCGGGGAGACGAUUUGUCGCCCAUCACCCGGGUCUCAUCUCCUGGGUAUGAGGACUUCAAGCUUAGCAAGAUGGCGCCCAGGCGAGCAUCUCGAUCCCCUUCCGUCGCCUCAAGUGUCUUCGGCACCCCCGAGCCUGAGGUUUCAGAGCCUCGUGGACGCAGAUCAUCCUACCAGUCCAACAGCAGCAGGUCCUCGUCACCACUUGCUCCCCCAUCGACAAGACCUGCCAAGCGAGCGGGCACACCACCCAUAGCUGCGACGGCACUCCAGGGCAAGUCGAGCUCCCCACCGAAGCGCAGGCUCGAUGAGGUCGCGGCUGGCGGAUCUAGCGCUGCAGCCACGUCUGCUGACGGAGGAGCGGCGGCGCCGCAGCCGCCCAUUAAGAAGAAGAAAGUGGAUAUCUUCAUGCGCCGCAAACGCUGA